CUUUGAAAGAAGUUUAACUCAGUACCAAAACCCACCCACCCAUGUUUUUGUUGUUGGAGUGGUGAUUUGCGACUGUCAAUAUUCGAUAUCUGACUCGGGAGUAAUGGCUACAGACUCCAAGGCUUGAAUUUGCUCCUUCAUCACUUUUUGGUACACUUUCCUUUCGACAUGCCGAGGGGCAAGGUACGAGACUUUCAGAAACCACGACACAUUGUACCAUACUCAGAGCAAUGGCUGCAACGCUGAUCGCAUCUCGUCACCAACUGCCAUCACUCUCGUCCAUCCGUCCUCUCUAUAGAUUAGGCCGCACUCGCCCCUAUCCCUCUCGCAUGGCGAUCGACCCGCCCCCCUUCCGUCCCGACAGACGCUCCUUUUCGACAGCAAGCUCCUUGAAUUCACCCACUGGCUCGAGUGGCCCCUUUACCUUCCACGUAGCCGCCUCCUUCACGGGGAAAGACCGCCGCUUCGACCCGACCACCCACGUCUUCCACUUCGACUCCCACAACCGCUUCCCACAAACAAAGGGCAGCAAGUCGGCUCGCCCGGACAGUGGCCAUGACGCCUUCUUUGUCAGCCCCGUAGGCACCACCAACGCCGUGGCCCUAGGCGUUGCCGACGGCGUCGGAGGCUGGGUCGAUUCCGGCGUCGACCCUGCAGACUUUGCCCACGGCCUCUGCGAGUACAUCUCCACCGCCGCCUCCGAACACGAGAGCGAGAACCCCGACGCCGCCGAAACCGCGACCCCUCUCCCGCCGUCGGCCCGCAACCUCUUGCAGGUCGGUUAUCAGCGCGUCUGCGAAGACCGCACCAUCCGCGCCGGCGGCAGCACCGCCUGCGUCGCCGUCGCCGCCCCAGACGGAACCCUCGACGUCGCCAACCUCGGCGACUCCGGCUUCCUCCAGCUGCGUCUCGGCGCCGUCCACGCCUCCUCGGAACCGCAGACCCACGCCUUCAACACCCCCUUCCAGCUCUCCGUCGUACCACCCUCCGUCGCCGCCCGCAUGGCCGCCUUCGGCGGCGCCCAGCUCAGCGACUUCCCCCGGGACGCCGACGUCUCCCACCAUCAGCUUCGCCACGGCGACGUUCUCGUCUUUGCCAGCGACGGCGUGUGGGACAACCUCUUCGACCAAGAUGUCCUUCGCAUCACUCGCCGGGUCAUGACGUCUUCGGGAGCCUGGGUCACCACGCCCUCUGACAGCGAGGGGCAAGCCGUGGCAGAAGACAACAAGGGCGGCAUUCGCGUCAUCGAUGAUUUGCGCCCCCUAACGGCGACGCAAGAACAACGCUCGGCUUCCUCGCCUUCUAGGGUACCUGUCAGCCUACAGAGCGUCCUCGCGACCGAGAUCACCGCCGCGGCCAAAGCCGCGAGCAUCAACUCCAAACGGGAUGGUCCUUUCGCCAAGGAGGUCCAAAAGUGGUAUCCCCACGAAAACUGGCGUGGCGGCAAGGUGGAUGACGUUGUCGUCGUCGUCGCCGUCGUAUCGGACGAGUCGAGGGCCGGCAGGCCGAAGAGUAAACUUUGAGCGACGAAGACCAACAACGUGCUUGCACGCAAAAUAGUUUACCUGAUAACCCAGGUACAACCCAGUCGUGGAUGUGGCUCCGUGUGUUCGCUUCAGUCUAUCUACAACAUUCUAGCAUGAUGCAUGCGUCCUUUUAUGGGCACUGGUGGGUGAUAUAUGUACCGGGCGCAGGAUCAAGACCGAGAAAAAAGGAAGCGGGUUAUACAUCUGUGUGCAUACCAUAUAUUAGACGGGGAGUGGAUGAGCUACAUUGCUCCAGGAUCACACUUGGUAGGGUCGGGGGACAUGCGGUUGGCAUAGCAGCGGAGUGUACUGACUACCUUACUAGACGUUUUGGUCGGGUAGGUUCAUGAAUGAAGUGCAGUGUAAUUCACAAAUUCGGUUAGGCGGUUCUUAGCAAAGUUCGCAACCUCUUUGGUCAUAUCUGAUUCGAAAUAAUUAGAGUUACGCCGCCAGGGCUUGCUUU